AUGGAUUUUAUGGAUUUCUUCGGAGGACAUCGCGUCAUGCUUGGGCAGAGAGGAGGACGACAUGACCCUGCAAUGAUGUUUUACGGCCCGCGAGUACGCCUCGCCGCGCUUGCGAUUCCAGAGCGUCGUCGACGUCGACGGCCAGCUCACAUCAUCUAUGAUGAUUAUGAUUCUGAUUCCGACGACUCGGAUUAUGACUAUGACUAUCGACAUAUACGUCGACGACGACACUGUUGCCGACCCCGGGUUACUUUCAACAACUACAUCUACCGGUGA